UGCAUCUCCGCCUCCCGUGCUCCGCCCCCGGUCUUACGUUUCGCCCCCGGCAGCGCGGACAACGGAGCCAAGAUGGCGGCCGAGUUGGAGUACGAGUCUGUGCUGUGUGUGAAGCCGGACGUCAGCGUCUACCGGAUUCCGCCCCGGGCCUCCAACCGCGGUUACAGGGCAUCUGACUGGAAAUUAGACCAGCCUGAUUGGACUGGUCGCCUCCGAAUCACUUCAAAAGGGAAGAUUGCCUAUAUCAAACUCGAGGAUAAAGUUUCAGGGGAGCUUUUUGCUCAGGCUCCAGUAGAACAAUAUCCUGGUAUUGCUGUGGAGACAGUGACAGAUUCCAGCCGCUACUUUGUAAUCCGGAUCCAGGAUGGUACUGGGCGCAGUGCUUUCAUUGGCAUUGGCUUCACAGAUCGGGGAGAUGCCUUCGACUUUAAUGUCUCCUUGCAGGAUCACUUCAAGUGGGUAAAGCAGGAAUCUGAGAUUUCCAAGGAAUCGCAAGAAAUGGACGCCCGUCCUAAGUUGGAUCUGGGCUUCAAGGAAGGACAAACCAUCAAGUUGAGUAUCGGGAACAUUACAACCAAGAAAGGAGGUGCUUCUAAGCCCAGGACUGCAAGGGGUGGGGGCCUGAGCUUACUCCCACCCCCGCCAGGAGGCAAAGUCACUAUUCCCCCACCGUCCUCCUCAGUCGCCAUCAGCAAUCAUGUCACCCCACCACCCAUUCCGAAAUCUAACCAUGGAGGCAGUGAUGCAGAUAUCCUUUUAGAUUUGGAUUCUCCUGCUCCUGUCACGACACCAGCACCAACUCCAGUUUCUGCAAGCAAUGACUUGUGGGGAGACUUCAGCACUGCAUCCAGCUCUGUUCCAAACCAGGCACCACAGCCAUCCAACUGGGUCCAGUUCUGAAUGGUAUUGGCAGGACAUUAAGGACAGACUUGAGGAAUAAAAAUGACCUUGAGGGCACCAAUCUGUGAGGGAAGUUAGGAACCCAUUUCCUCCCCAGAACCAAAAUGACUGGACAAUCUUUUUCAUAGCUUCUCCAUUACAUUCAAGCUGGUUUAUGUCACUCCCCUGUGUUGUUACUUGUACAGCCAAGAAAGUAUCUGUUAUCUCCUGCUUAGUACCAAGGUAGGGGACUAGUGGAUCUUAUCAUAGUUUUGGCUGACUAUGCAGGGCUGAAAAGGCCAGCGUCUGUUUGAGGGGGAAUGACCUCUAACAUCUGUAAAAUUUGUGUCAUCUUUUAAAUUCUUUAACUUAUUUCAAAAUCAUCUCAUGACCCUUGUGUGCCUCUUUGUGAAGCCCUAUUUAGCAAUUUCAGGGGAGUCAAAAACCUUGCAACUUCCUUCUCCACUAACCCAGGACUAAAAAUGGACAGGCUGACCUCAGUGUUUACAAAUUCCGAAUUUUGAUAGGGGUAGAUAUGGAGAAAGGCCUAUUUCCUGGGUCUCUGCUGUGUAGCCUCCUUCAGGCUUAUUGUACUCAGUGAACAUCCAGUGCUGGGUGCAGCUCCAUCGCCCUCUUGUGUGUUUACAUGUCUCUUUCUAUGAUAAGAGUUGUGUUGGUGGCACCUCCACUCUUCUUUUCUGUUUGUUGAAUAUCAAUUGUGUAACAUCUUUGACCAGUGGGUGUCUCUGUAAUGAAGGAGGUUCAAGAGGCUGUGCUUUCCAAGUGAUAGUCUAUAGGAGUGUUUAAUUUCUUGCAGCUCCAUCUGGUUGCUGCAUUUGAAGCAUGGCAUUAAUUGGUAUUUGCCCUGUUAUUUGACCUAAAGUUGAAGGGUUUAGAGUUUUUAACCUGAUCUGUAGAACAGAGAGGUUGAAAACACUUAACUCUUGUUUAGUACCCUCAUUGCCUUGCUGCCUGGGUAUCUGGCUCCUUUCCACAAACAUUUCUUUUCAGUUCAUGUAGUUCUUUAAUAGAAAGCUGCUAUUAUGUAUAUUGUCAUUUGUGAAGGAAGUUGAAGAGUCACAGCUUUACUGUGACAGAUUUUGCCCAAGGCUUUGAUACCUGUCACCCAGGGUAUCUUAAAAGCAAGUUGUUCUCCCACUACUUUCCUUUCCCUCUGCCCUGCCAUUCCUUUUACAAUGCUGUGAAAAAAGUUCUGCUUCUUAGGUGAGUGGGUACUUUCUAUUUUGUUUCUAAAUGAGCAAUUUUGAGGAUGAAAUGGGAAGAUAUAAUUGCUUCCCUUUUGCACCUAUUUGGGUAUGUACAUUCUGGCAGAAGGGAGUCCUUAGGUUUAGUUUCAAAAUAUAUUACUUUCCUGGAUUCCCUUCUUAACUUUUUCUGACUUGGGUCCAUUUUCUUUUCUUUGCCUCCUUUUCCAGGCAGCUCUAUUCUUGCAGAGCCAUGGCAGGACAUAUUAAAAUUCCAAUAGAAAACACUAAAAGGAAAGUCUGUAGAAUCACUAGUGACUAAAUACUGGGAACCUAUUUUCUCAAUCUUCCUCCAUGUUGUGUUCUUUGUAUUCUCAAGAUGAUAAUAUAUUAUGUAUUUGAAUUCCUGAAAAAUGGAAAAUGUUUAAGAUAUAUGUAUAUAAAGCAUAUGCUGUAUUGGUGCAAUAAUGGUAAUUAAAAAUAUGGAAAAAGUG